CUGGCGCACGACGGCGCCAAUCAGCCCCCUUCCCCUCCCCUCUGUGGGCGGGUCUUUCUCCUUGCAUUGUGAUUGAGUCCAGUCUAGUUUGUAUUAGUUGGACUAGCGGAGCCGCAAGAAGAACGAGGGACGCCACACGCGGUUCCCGUGGAUACCGAGCGUGCCCCGGAUCCAUCCCGGAAGAUGCGGAUUGAUGUGAGCUCCCCCCCCCCAAAAAAAGAAAAAAGGCGCGUCAAAUCUUAGCGGCGGGAGGUGGGAGGAGGGGAGCUGCUUUUGACAAGGAUGCAUCAUCAGACGGCCAACUGCGCAGGGAUGCCUCCGCUGCACGUCUGACAAAAAGAAAAAAGGGCGUCUGUGACCGCGAUGAAGGCUCCUUCCUCUCUGUUUUGAGCACCGGGCCGCCCCACGGAACCACCGCAGCGUGCGCGCCAUCGGACACCUCGGACGCGACCCGUCUCGCCCGUGCCCACGAAUAGCGCGCGUUGCGCAGUGCAGUUAAAAAAAAAAAAAACGGGAUUUCGCGAGGAUAUAACCCGAUGAGCCGCUCUUCAAGCCCGGGUGUCGAGUCCCGGUGUAGGCUGGAUACGUCCGGCGGAGUGUGUCGGUGCGCGGUCGAUGUGAGGAGCUGCGCCCGGUGGUGAGAGCCACUCUCUCGAAGGGGCACAAAUGAGAAGCAAACAAUACCAUCAACCACUGAAGUUGACAGCGCCUUGGGAGAAAGAUGCCGGCUUUGGGAGGAAGCUUAAGACCUACAGGAACCAUACCAAGAUAAUAGCGCAGCCCGGGCUCGUGAUGAAAGUCCUCCGCAGGAAGAGGAUUGUGUUAUUCAUGGCCUAUUUCUUACUGCUGCUCUUCACUAUGCUCAACUUGGCCAAUUACAAAUGGACCAAACAGCCCCAGCAGUGUAAUCAUCAACUGAGGAGCACCACCUAUCAAAGCAGAUCGGACAUCCGCUUCUUCUACAGGCCCUCCUUGGCCAAAAAGAGGCAGCUCAUCUACGUUCUGACCACCUGGAGGUCGGGCUCGUCCUUCUUCGGGGAGCUUUUUAACCAAAACCCCGAGGUGUUCUUCCUGUAUGAGCCGAUGUGGCACAUCUGGCAGAAACUGUACCCGGGUGAUGCGGUGUCUUUACAAGGGGCGGCCAGGGACAUGCUCAGCUCCUUGUACCGCUGUGAUCUGUCUGUUUUCCAACUUUACAACAGCCCCGGGGGCAAGAACUUUACCUCCCUGGGACUCUUUGGGGCCACUCUUAACAAAGUGGUGUGCUCAUAUCCCCUCUGCUCAGCCUACAAGAAGGACGUGGUGGGGAUGGUGGAUGAUAAGUUGUGUAAAAAGUGCCCCCCUCAAAGCCUUAGACUGUUGGAGGAGGAGUGCCUCAAAUAUAGCACCAUAGUCAUUAAAGGGGUUCGCAUAUUGGACGUCAACGUGUUGGCCCCGCUCAUGGAGGACCCGUCCUUGGAUUUGAAGGUGAUACACCUGGUCAGAGACCCGCGGGCGGUGGCCAACUCCAGGAUCAAAUCGAGACACGGCCUGAUAAGGGAAAACUUACAGGUGGUCCGCAGCAGGGAUCCCAAACUUCGCCGGAUACCUUUUGUGGAUCCGGGUCACAAGGCCAACAAGAAGGACGGCGCGGACUACCACUCCAUAGGAGCCAUGGAGGUGAUCUGUGACCGCACCUCCAGGACCUUGAGGACUGCCUUGAACCCGCCCCACUGGCUGAAGGGAAAGUACAUGGCGGUGCGGUACGAGGACCUGGUCGACAGGCCGGUCAAGACCCUGCGGAACAUCUACCGCUUCGCCAACCUCACCGCCAACCGCGACAUAGAGUCCUUUGCACUCAACAUGACCAGCGGCUCCAGCUCGUCCUCGAAGCCGUUCAUCGUCUCGUCGAGGAACGCCACGCAGGCCGCCACUGCGUGGAGAACGGUCCUCAGCAUUCAACAGAUCAAGCAAGUGGAGGACUACUGUCACCACGCCAUGUCUGUCCUGGGCUACGAAAGAGUCAGGACCUCCGGGGAGGCCAAGGACUUGAGCAAAUCGCUGCUGACGUACUCCAAACUGUGAAAAAACCUACCUUUCCACCAAAGACCUUUUGAUUUGACGUUCAUUUUGCAUCGAGUGCUGUUUCCCCCCUUUUUAUUGUGGAAUUAAAGCUUUACUUUAACUCAUAGUUUGAGGAGCUCCGCUGGCCACAUUUGGAAUGUAUCGUGUUUCUCUCUGCUGUGGAAUUUGAAGGGACCACUUCUUUUAUACUGAAAUAUUGGAUGUGUUCGACAAUGUGAACAAUGACUUAAUUAGUGAAGCUGCAACAAUAGAAAAAAACCCUGUACAUUUAUGUAUCUAGUUAUGAUGACACUUCAAAGUCAAUAUUCUGAGGUUAUUUUUGAAUGUUCCAAACCUUACAAAAAAAAAAUCUUUUUUUCAGCCUCCAUACUGUCUGUAACAUUGAAAAUAGUUGACAGGAAAAAAAAGAAAGAAAAAUAACUGAUUAAAAAAUAGCUCAUUGCUAAUGUCUAUUUGUCAGAUCUGGUUUCAUUCAAAGAAAAUCAAUAAAUUGGUUUGUCGCUGUGCCAUAGGUAGAGAGGUGUGAUGACCAGGCUACAUCAGAACAGCAGUAUAAAGAAGUUGUUUUGAUUUCUGUCAUGAAAUCCCUCGUAGGAUGACGUCAUGCACUGUGGACGAUGUCAUGGCUCUGGAGCCCCUCUCUCUCUCUGUUCUACCCUUUCAAAUGUUUACAAUUGCUUGCUCGUAUGAAAACAAAUGAUCUGGGAUUAUUGCAUUGAGUAAAGUUCACAGUCAACGA